UUUUUUUAAAAAAAAAAUUUUUUUUCUAAACUAUCUAAAUAAUGUCUGUUUUAGAUUACAAGAAGGCCAAUAGCUACUUAGCCGAAUACAAAUCUAAGGAUGGUUUGUCUGUUGAAAGCCUUAUGGACGAACAACUUAGUGGUGGUUUGACUUACAACGAUUUCUUGAUCCUUCCCGGUUUCAUUGAUUUCGAUGCUAGCAAGGCCUCUCUUGAGUCUCAUAUCACAAAAAAGAUUAGUUUAAAGACCCCCUUCUUAUCUUCCCCUAUGGAUACUGUUACCGAAUCCGAAAUGGCUAUUUCAAUGGCCUUAAUGGGUGGUAUCGGUAUUAUCCAUCACAACUGUUCAGCUGAAGAUCAAGCUGCAAUGGUUCGUAAAGUAAAGAAGUUUGAAAACGGUUUCAUUGUCGAUCCUGUUGUCCUUUCUCCUGAACAUACAGUCGCAGAUGUCAAAGCUAUCAAAGAGAAAAAGGGAUUCUGUGGUAUUCCUAUUACAGAAAAUGGAAAAUUACAUGAUAAAUUAGUUGGUAUUGUUACUGCCCGCGAUAUUCAAUUCCAUAAGGAUGAGACUACUUUACUUAAAGAAGUGAUGAGCACAGAAUUAGUUGUUGCUAAGAAGGGUAUUACUCUUCAAAAGGCUAACGAAAUCCUUCGUUCUUCCAAGAAGGGUAAAUUGCCUAUUGUUGAUGAAGAAGGUCGUCUUGUUUCCUUGUUAUCUCGCUCUGAUCUUCUCAAGAACCUUCACUAUCCUUUAGCUUCAAAGUCCUCCGAUUCCAAGCAACUUCUCGUUGGUGCAGCCAUCGGUACUCGUCCAGAUGAUAAAGAUCGUCUUGCCCUUCUUGUUGAAGCUGGUCUUGAUGUUGUUGUUCUUGAUUCUUCUCAAGGUAACUCUAUUUAUCAAAUCGAAAUGCUUCGCUGGAUUAAGCAAACUUUCCCCAACUUGGAAGUCAUUGCUGGUAAUGUUGUUACCCGUGAGCAAGCUGCUAACUUGAUUGAAGCUGGUGCUGAUGGUCUCCGUAUCGGUAUGGGCUCUGGUUCCAUCUGUAUCACUCAAGAAGUGAUGGCCUGUGGCCGCCCUCAGGCUACUGCUGUCUAUCGUGUUUCUGAAUUUGCUCGUCGCUUUGGUGUUCCUACCAUUGCUGAUGGUGGCAUUGGUAAUGUCGGUCACAUCGUUAAGGCUUUAGCUUUGGGUGCUAGUGCUGUCAUGAUGGGUGGUCUUCUUGCAGGUACUAAUGAGACACCUGGUGAAUACUUUUAUCAUGAAGGUCAACGUCUUAAGCGUUAUCGUGGUAUGGGUUCUAUCGAUGCCAUGAAUAACACCUCUGGUGGUAAAGAUGGUAAUGCUGCCACUAAGCGUUACUUCUCUGAAGGUGAUAGCGUUAAGGUCGCCCAAGGUGUUGUUGGUAAUGUUAUUGAUAAGGGCUCUGCUCGUAAGUAUCUUUCUUAUCUUAUUACUGGUGUUCAACACUCUUUCCAAGAUAUUGGCUGUCAAUCUGUUACACAAUUCCAUGAAAAUGUCUACAAUGGUAUUGUUCGUUUUGAAAAGAGAACUGCUGCUGCUCAAUUAGAAGGUGGCGUUCAUGGCCUUCAUUCAUUUGAAAAGAAGCUUUUCACUUCUAUUUAAUUUUUUUUGUAUAUAUUCAAUGCAUUAUCUUUUAUUUUUCCUUUUCUCAUGUCAAUCAUAAUUCAUUAAAAAAAAAACGAACAUCUUUGUAUAAAACAUAAAUAUGAUCAGCUCAUUACAUUGUGUUAUACUAUUAUUCCUCUUACUGAUAAAUGGCCCUGAA